AUGGAUGUCAAAGGCGAUUGUCUACCAAACGUUCCUGACACAGAUACCCCGCCCACCGAAGUUCCUAAGUGUGCCAAUGGUGGCGAGGAACAAGCACCAUUGUCCGAAAAUCGCCCCGAAGCACGCAGUAGCCGAGAUCCCCACAUGGUUGAUUGGAAUGGGCCUGACGAUCCCGAAAAUCCAACUAAUUGGACAGUUGGCAAGGUAGCCACUACUGUGACAAUUGUUUCUACUAUAACGUUCCUUAGUGCUUUAUCCUCAUCGAUAUUCGCUCCGGGCAUCCUGCAGGUUCUGCAGGAUUUCGAAUCGAAGAAUUCAGAGCUCGGCUCUUUCAUCGUAUCCGUCUUUGUCAUUGGUUACGGAUUCGGACCAUUGAUCAUUGCGCCACUCUCUGAGAUAUACGGUCGCUUGCCAGUGUAUCACGUCUGCAGUGCCCUCUUUGUUGUUUUCAGUGCGGCGUGCGCUGUGGCCCCAAAUCUGCCCGCCUUGGUAGUAUUCCGCUUUUUGGCUGGUCUAGCUGGCAGCUGCCCUUUGGCUCUCAGCGCUGGAACUAUUGCUGACAUCAUUCCGUACGAGAAACGUGGCAAGGCUAUGGCGGCUUGGACAUUUGGUCCCCUUCUAGGUCCCGUCAUCGGACCAAUCGCGGGAGGAUAUCUCAUCCAGGUGAAAGGUUGGCGGUGGUCAUUCUGGGUUGUAACUAUAGCGGCUGGUGUUGUCUUCAUCUUCUCCGUCCUCUUUAUGCGCGAAACAUAUGCCUAUGCUAUUCUCAACCGCAAGAUCAAAAGGCUUUGCAAGGAGACGGGUAAUCAACACCUUCGCUCCGUCCUAGAUAAAGGAAUUUCUUCCAAGAAGAUCUUAACAACGGCUAUCAUUCGACCAUCAAAGAUGCUUGUCUGUUCGCCCAUUAUCUUCCUUUUUUCCUUUUACAUGUUCAUAGUAUAUGGCUACCUCUAUCUUAUCUUUACUGCCAUGCCAAUCAUAUUUGAGAGCAAAUACAGCUUCUCGACUGGUUCGAUCGGCCUGACAUACCUCGGCCUCGGUGUCGGUUCAUUUGCUGGUUCAUUUGCUGGCGUUUUGGUUUCCGGGGCAAGCUCAGAUCGGUUGGCACAACACAUGAAGGCCAAAGCAGGCGGAGAACCGAAAUCAGAGUACCGUCUGCCGCUGGUUGUGCUUGGAUCAUUCAUGGUCCCUACUGGCUUGUUCUGGAUUGGCUGGACAGCUGAAUUCCGCCUGCAUUGGAUCCUGCCUAUUAUCGGCACCUCAGUCUUGAGCCUCGGAGUGACCCUUGCUUUCAUGGCUAUCUUGACGUACUUGGUCGAUGCCUAUGAUGUAUAUGCUGCUUCUGCCGUAGCCGCCAGCAUCCUCCUACGCUCUUUAGGCGGUGCGCUGCUGCCACUUGCAGGAGGUCCAAUGUUCUCCGCAUUGGGCAUUGGUUGGGAAAGCUCUUUGCUAGCUUUCAUCGCGGUUGCUAUGAUACCAGUUCCGAUUCUCUUUUUGAAGUACGGGGAGCGCAUUCGUCAGAAACGUCUGUUUAACGUCCAGUUUUGA